CCAGGCUCGGGACACCCCCUCCCGGUCCCCUGGCGGGGCGGCUUCAACUCCGGCAGUACUGGAGGCAGCAGCAGCCCGGAGGGCGACUUGCAGGGCGCGCUGGCCGAGCUGGACCGGGGACGCUUUUCACCCCGGGGAAACCCUCCGCUGAUUCUCUCGGCCCCGGCGUCCCUCGGGAGCCCGCGGGACCCCCGGGCCGGCAGGGAGCGCGGGCGGCGGCCGCAGCACCAUGAGGCGGUGGUGGGACGCGCUGCUGCUUGGCGCCCUGCUCUGCGCACACGGCAUAGCCAGCAAUCUGGAGUGUGCAUGUGGUCGGAGCCACUUCACAUGUGCAGUGAGUGCGCUCGGCGAAUGUACCUGCAUCCCCGCCCAGUGGCAGUGUGAUGGAGACAAUGACUGCGGAGACCACAGCGAUGAGGAUGGCUGUACACUGCCUACCUGCUCCCCUCUGGACUUCCACUGUGACAAUGGCAAGUGUAUCCGACGCUCCUGGGUGUGUGACGGGGACAAUGACUGUGAAGAUGACUCUGAUGAGCAGGACUGUCCCCCCCGAGAGUGUGAGGAGGACGAGUUCCCCUGCCAGAACGGCUACUGCAUCCGGAGUCUGUGGCACUGUGAUGGGGACAACGACUGUGGUGACAACAGUGAUGAGCAAUGCGACAUGCGCAAGUGCUCAGACAAGGAAUUCCGCUGCAGCGACGGGAGCUGCAUUGCUGAGCAUUGGUACUGCGAUGGUGACACAGACUGCAAAGAUGGCUCUGAUGAGGAGAGCUGCCCCUCCGCAGUACCCUCCCCUCCUUGCAACCUGGAAGAGUUCCAGUGUGCCUAUGGUCGGUGCAUCCUUGACAUCUACCACUGUGACGGAGAUGACGACUGUGGAGACUGGUCAGACGAGUCCGACUGCUCCUCCCACCAGCCCUGCCGCUCUGGGGAAUUCAUGUGUGACAGUGGCCUGUGCAUCAAUGCGGGCUGGCACUGUGACGGUGAUGCGGACUGUGAUGACCAGUCUGAUGAACGCAAUUGCACCACCUCCAUGUGCACAGCCGAACAGUUUCGAUGUCGGUCAGGCCGCUGCGUCCGUCUGUCCUGGCGCUGCGAUGGGGAAGAUGACUGUGCAGACAACAGUGAUGAAGAAAACUGUGAGAACACAGGAAGCCCCCAAUGCGCCUCUGACCAGUUCCUGUGUUGGAACGGGCGUUGUAUUGGGCAGAGGAAGCUGUGCAACGGGGUCAAUGACUGCGGUGACAACAGUGACGAAAGUCCACAGCAGAACUGUCGGCCCCGGACGGGUGAGGAGAACUGCAAUGUUAACAACGGUGGCUGUGCCCAGAAGUGUCAGAUGGUACGAGGGGCAGUGCAGUGUACCUGCCACACAGGCUACCGGCUCACAGAGGAUGGCAGGACGUGCCAGGAUGUGAAUGAGUGUGCUGAGGAGGGGUACUGCAGCCAGGGCUGCACCAACAGUGAAGGGGCUUUCCAGUGCUGGUGUGAAGCGGGUUAUGAACUGCGGCCGGACCGGCGCAGCUGCAAGGCUCUGGGGCCAGAACCUGUGCUACUGUUUGCCAAUCGUAUCGACAUCCGGCAGGUGCUCCCGCACCGCUCCGAAUACACGCUGCUACUGAACAACCUGGAGAACGCCAUUGCCCUUGACUUUCAUCACCGGCGGGAGCUGGUCUUCUGGUCUGAUGUCACCCUGGACCGCAUCCUCCGUGCCAACCUUAAUGGCAGCAAUGUGGAGGAGGUGGUGUCUACUGGGCUAGAGAGCCCAGGGGGCCUGGCUGUGGAUUGGGUUCAUGACAAGCUCUACUGGACUGACUCUGGGACAUCAAGGAUUGAGGUGGCUAAUCUGGAUGGGGGCCACCGGAAAGUGCUGCUGUGGCAGAGCCUAGAGAAGCCCAGGGCCAUUGCCCUGCACCCCAUGGAGGGAACCAUUUAUUGGACAGACUGGGGCAACACCCCCCGCAUUGAGGCCUCCAGCAUGGAUGGCUCUGGACGUCGCAUCAUCGCUGACACUCAUCUUUUCUGGCCCAAUGGCCUCACCAUUGACUAUGCUGGACGCCGCAUGUACUGGGUGGAUGCUAAGCACCACGUCAUCGAGAGGGCCAAUCUAGAUGGGAGUCACCGCAAGGCUGUCAUUAGCCAGGGCCUCCCACAUCCCUUUGCCAUCACAGUGUUUGAAGACAGCUUGUAUUGGACAGACUGGCACACCAAGAGCAUCAAUAGUGCCAACAAGUUUACUGGGAAGAACCAGGAAAUCAUUCGCAACAAGCUCCACUUUCCUAUGGAUAUUCAUACCUUGCAUCCCCAGCGCCAGCCUGCAGGGAAAAACCGCUGUGGGGACAACAAUGGCGGUUGCACUCACCUGUGUCUACCCAGUGGCCAGAACUACACCUGUGCCUGCCCUACCGGCUUCCGCAAGAUCAACAGCCACGCCUGUGCCCAGAGUCUUGACAAGUUCCUGCUUUUUGCCCGAAGGAUGGACAUCCGUCGGAUCAGCUUCGACACAGAGGACCUGUCCGACGAUGUCAUCCCACUGGCUGACGUGCGCAGUGCUGUGGCCCUUGACUGGGACUCCCGGGAUGACCACGUGUACUGGACAGAUGUCAGCACUGAUACCAUCAGCAGGGCCAAGUGGGAUGGAACAGGACAGGAGGUGGUAGUGGAUACCAGUUUGGAGAGCCCUGCUGGCCUGGCAAUUGAUUGGGUCACCAACAAGCUCUAUUGGACAGAUGCAGGUACAGACCGGAUUGAAGUGGCCAACACGGAUGGCAGCAUGAGGACGGUGCUCAUCUGGGAGAACCUUGACCGUCCUCGGGACAUCGUGGUAGAGCCCAUGGGCGGGUACAUGUAUUGGACCGACUGGGGUGCAAGUCCCAAGAUUGAACGAGCUGGCAUGGAUGCCUCCAGCCGACAAGUCAUCAUCUCUUCGAAUCUGACAUGGCCUAAUGGAUUAGCUAUUGACUAUGGGUCCCAGCGGCUGUACUGGGCUGAUGCGGGCAUGAAGACUAUUGAAUUUGCUGGGCUGGAUGGCAGCAAGAGGAAGGUCCUCAUUGGAAGUCAACUCCCCCAUCCUUUCGGGCUCACUCUAUACGGACAACGCAUCUACUGGACUGACUGGCAGACCAAAAGUAUACAAAGUGCUGACCGGCUGACUGGGCUAGACCGGGAGACGCUGCAGGAGAACCUGGAGAAUCUUAUGGACAUCCAUGUCUUCCACCGCCAGAGGCCUCCAGUGACAACACUGUGUGCUGUGGAGAAUGGCGGCUGCAGCCAUUUGUGUCUCAGGUCCCCAAAUCCAAGCGGCUUCAGCUGUACGUGCCCCACAGGUAUCAACCUGCUGCUUGAUGGCAAGACAUGCUCACCAGGCAUGAACAGUUUCCUCAUCUUCGCCAGGAGGAUUGAUGUUCGCAUGGUCUCCUUGGACAUCCCUUAUUUUGCUGAUGUGGUGGUACCCAUCAACAUGACCAUGAAGAACACCAUUGCCAUUGGAGUGGACCCGCUGGAAGGAAAAGUGUACUGGUCUGAUAGCACACUGCACAGGAUCAGCCGUGCCAGCCUGGAUGGCUCACAGCAUGAGGACAUCAUCACUACAGGUCUGCAGACCACAGAUGGGCUUGCAGUGGAUGCCAUCGGCCGGAAAGUGUACUGGACAGACACGGGAACGAAUCGGAUUGAAGUUGGUAACCUGGAUGGGUCUAUGCGGAAAGUGUUGGUGUGGCAGAACCUUGACAGUCCUCGGGCCAUUGUACUAUACCAUGAAAUGGGGUACAUGUACUGGACAGACUGGGGGGAGAAUGCCAAAUUAGAGCGUUCCGGAAUGGAUGGCUCGGACCGGACUGUGCUCAUCAACAACAACUUAGGGUGGCCCAAUGGACUGACUGUGGACAAAACCAGCUCCCAACUGCUGUGGGCUGAUGCCCAUACUGAGAGAAUUGAGGUAGCAGACCUGAAUGGUGCCAAUCGGCAUACACUGGUGUCACCAGUCCAGCACCCGUAUGGCCUCACUCUGCUUGGUUCCUAUAUCUACUGGACCGACUGGCAGACCCGUAGCAUCCACCGGGCUGACAAGAGUACUGGCAGCAAUGUCAUCCUCGUAAGGUCCAACCUGCCAGGCCUCAUGGACAUCCAAGCUGUUGACCGGGCACAGCCACUGGGUUUUAAUAAGUGUGGCUCGAGAAAUGGCGGCUGCUCCCACCUCUGUUUACCUCGGCCUUCUGGUUUCUCCUGUGCCUGCCCCACUGGCAUUCAGCUGAAGGGAGAUGGGAAGACCUGUGACCCCUCUCCAGAGACCUACCUGCUCUUCUCUAGCCGAGGCUCCAUUCGCCGUAUCUCACUGGACACCGAUGACCACACCGACGUCCAUGUUCCUGUUCCUGGGCUCAACAACGUCAUCUCCCUAGACUAUGACAGUGUAGAUGGAAAGGUCUAUUACACAGACGUGUUCCUGGAUGUUAUCAGGCGAGCAGAUCUGAAUGGCAGCAACAUGGAGACUGUUAUUGGGCAUGGGCUGAAGACCACUGAUGGGCUGGCCGUGGACUGGGUUGCCAGAAACCUGUACUGGACAGAUACAGGCCGAAAUACCAUCGAAGCAUCUCGGCUAGACGGAUCCUGUCGCAAAGUGUUAAUCAACAACAGUCUGGACGAGCCCCGGGCCAUUGCUGUUUUCCCCAGAAAGGGGUACCUCUUCUGGACAGACUGGGGCCACAUUGCCAAGAUUGAACGGGCAAACCUGGACGGUUCUGAGAGGAAGGUCCUCAUCAACACAGACCUAGGCUGGCCCAAUGGCCUUACCUUGGACUAUGAUACCCGCAGGAUCUACUGGGUAGAUGCACAUCUGGAUCGAAUCGAGAGUGCUGACCUUAAUGGGAAGCUGAGGCAGGUCUUGGUCAGCCAUGUGUCCCACCCCUUUGCCCUCACACAGCAGGACAGGUGGAUCUACUGGACAGACUGGCAGACCAAGUCCAUCCAGCGUGUCGACAAGUACUCAGGCCGCAGCAAGGAGACAGUGCUGGCCAAUGUGGAAGGACUCAUGGAUAUCAUCGUGGUGUCCCCUCAGCGGCAGACAGGGACCAAUGCCUGUGGUGUGAACAAUGGUGGCUGUACCCACCUCUGCUUUGCCAGAGCCUCUGACUUUGUGUGUGCCUGUCCUGAUGAGCCAGACAGUCACCCCUGCUCUCUUGUACCUGGCCUCGUGCCUCCUGCUCCCAGAGCUACCAGCAAGAAUGAAAAGAGCCCAGUGCCACCCAACACACUGCCUACCACCUUACAUCCUUCUACCACCAAACCCCACACAUCUCUGGAGGGGACAAAAGGAAGAUGCUCUGAGAGGGAUGCCCAGCUGGGCCUCUGUGCACAUUCCAAUGAAGCUGUACCUGCUGCUCCAGGUGAGGGACUGCACAUCAGCUAUGCCGUCGGAGGACUUCUCAGCAUCCUGCUGAUUUUGUUGGUGAUUGCGGCUUUGAUGCUAUACAGACACAGAAAAUCCAAAUUCACGGAUCCUGGAAUGGGAAACCUGACCUACAGCAACCCCUCCUACCGAACUUCCACUCAGGAGGUGAAACUUGAAGCAGCUCCCAAGCCAGCCAUGUAUAAUCAGCUGUGCUAUAAGAAAGAGCUCACCACGAGGUCCUUUAUAGAAUGCCAGCCAACCAUGGGUCUCCAUUUUCUACCCCAGGGUGGACCUGACCACAGCUACACCAAGGAGAAGAUCAAGAUUGUAGAGGGAAUUCGCCUCCUGGCUGGGGAUGAAGCUGAAUGGGGUGACCUCAAGCAACUGCGCAGCUCCAGGGGGGGGCUUCUACGGGAUCACGUAUGCAUGAAGACAGACACAGUGUCCAUCCAGGCCAGCUCUGGCUCCCUAGAUGACACGGAGACAGAGCAGCUGCUGCAGGAAGAGCAGUCUGAGUGUAGCAGUGUUCACACUGCAGCCACUCCAGAGAGACGGGGCUCCCUGCCAGACACAGGCUGGAAACACGAACGCAAGCUCUCCUCAGAAAGCCAGGUCUAAGUGCCCACAUUCUCUUCCCUGCCUUCCUGUUCAUUCUCCUCUGUGGACUUCUGAUCCUUGUGCUCACAUAACAGUGCGGGCCCUUUCCCAUGCGUGCAUCUCCCUCCUCCCACCCCAAAGUGUUCCCAACUCCCCAUAGAACCUGUUAACUCAUCUGAGUCCAAAACUACCUGGGGACAAGAAGUGAGGGCACAUUUCAAGAAUUUAGACCUGGAUUUUACCAUGAACUUCACCUCUUGCACUCUAUCCUGGGCCCCGUGAAGCUGGGCUCAGUGUGAUUCCUUGUCAGCACAGAGCUCCAUCUCCCUUUGCCCUGGCACACUAUGUGCCUGCCCCACAGCACCGAUGCAAUUGAUGAUAUAAGACUCUGGUCUUCCCCAUCACAGCUGGCACGAUGGCCUCUCUGUGAACUGGCCUGCCAUGGGCUGGGACUGGAGGUCACAGGUAAAAAAAGGUAAUGGAUAGAGGUUGAGAGAAGGAAGAAGCAGCCCAGCUGGUCUGGGUGUUUGGCAAACCUCCAGCCUCAAAUGUUGGUAAUUAUGAAAAACCUUUGGGGGGUGCACUUGAGCCCUGGGAUCAUGUCCAUUGCUGGCAGUGGACAUUCUCCUCACCCAGGAAUCACUGCUUCGUCCGUUGUGAUACAGGUGAAGUGUGGGUAUGGCUUAAGCUCUCCUUCCUCUUGCUGGAAUGUCUGGGGCCAUUUCUACCUAACUGGAGGCCCCUGUCAUGGCAACUCACUAAUAGGGAAUUCCCUCCUGGUGCUGCUCUUGGCCAGUACUCUUCUUAAGCCUUUAACUGUGCUGUGAGUUUGAGUGAACAUGGAGUGGGCCUUGGAGAGUAGGCUUCUUUGGAGAGUAGGCUUCUAGAACAUUUAAGAAGGUCUGCAAAGAUCAAGCAUAGUAUCCUACCUGAGCUUCACUAUUCUGCCCUUCUCUCUCCCAUUCUCUGGGAUUCUAAGGGAAGCAAUUCUGUCACAGCUUUUCAAAGAAUGACUAGACGUUUUCCUAAAUGAUCAGGAAGAGCAACUAAGAGAGACACAGGACACCCAGGGGCUCAGGAGAAGUAUUGUGAGGUUGAACCUCUUGAGUUCAUUCUCAAGUGCUCAGGGAUCCAAGUUCAUGGACAUAGCCUGUGGCUCUAGGGUGUUAAAGGUCAUGUGCCAACUCUUCUCGGCCCCUGUCCACACUAAAGUGCCACCAUUAGCUUCAUGCUCCUUUAGGCCGAGGGCUUCUCUCAGGGGAGCUGAACUUUUUUUUGGUGCUGCCCUAGACUCUCAUCCUUGUGUUUCACUUCUGAGAGAGAGGAGUCCAGGCUUGCUUUCUCUAACCGAUCCUGUAUCAGCCCUGUCUCUAAUGUCCAGUGAGGAGGAGGGUCAAUGAAGAUGUAAAGUGGUGAGCGAGGAGUGGAGAAGUGGUGAGAACCAGUCCAGAGCAAGUCCAGGUGCUUCUCCAUAGAAACUGAAGCUCGGGAGAGAUUGACGGGCUGAGAAUGAAGGGGAGGGCUUUUAGGGGAAGUUUCCUGACUUAAAACAUCUUUCAUGGCUUAUUGCUAUUCAGAGAUCAGCCGCCAGGCAUAUGCAUGAAAAACAGGACAAGAUCAAAUCGUUUCUGGUCAGUUAUUAAGAGUAGGAGACAGAUGUCAAACAUUAGUCUUGUUGUCAUUAGCUAGGCCCGGAUCUAUGUCUACACAUAGAGCCAGGGCAGGCCAAAGGCCUUUUCCAGUACACCAACUGAGAAAAGUACAGUGCCACUUCUAAGAGGAAAGACGGGCAUUUCACACAGAAUGAGACAGCAUUUGAGCCUUUAAAUCCAUAGUUGGGGAGGAGGAAGAAAACAGAAGCAUGCUGUCCUCCUGCGUGGAAAGGGGCAAGGAUCUUAUUGCACUUGGGCUGUUCAGAAUGUAGAAAGGAUGCAUUUGAGGAAAUAUCUACUUGAGCACUGAUUUACUCUGUAAAAAGGGCAAAAUCUCUCUGUCCUAAACUAAUGGAAGUGAUUUUCCCAUGCUCAUGUGUAAUGAUUUUAACAUUACUCACUGGAGAGAUUGGACUUUCUGGAGUUAUUUAACCACUAUGUUCAGUAUUUUAGGGCUUUAUGAUAAUUUAAUAUAAAUUUAGCUUUCUUAAUUAUUUUGGCUGGCUUGGAGUCAUGACUAAUCUUGCACCUGCACUAUCUGGAAGACCCAUGCUGUGGAAAACCUACGUGGGGACAUCACCUCUAAUGUCUUCAGAGAUCCAUGAAGGGAAAUAAGGGGUGUGAGGUUUGUGUUGGAGUUUCAACUCAUUCUGAGAACAGAGAUCACGGUGAGAGAGUUGACUGAUAUAUCAUCCUGAUUUCCUUUAGAGGAUGGAUGAUAGAGAGGUUCAUCUUGGAUGCAGCCCAUUGGGUUGAUAGAAGCUGCCUGAGGUCCUGUCAGGAAAGGACCACGAUCAUGAUUGUUGGAGACAUCUCCAGGUUCCAAAAGCUAGUGUCAUGACAUAUAUACCAUGAAUCUUCUACUUCUGUUUUCAUUCAUCGAGGGCUCCCAUGUCACAGAAUCUGACUUUGCCUUGCAAUGAUGGUGACCAGCAAAACUGUCCAACAUGGUAUAAAAAAUCCUGGAAUGGGAACUGGGUUCUAUCUCCAGCACCACACACAUUUGGAGCCAUUUUUUAAAAAGCUACAUAUUGCCAGGUUGCGGUGGUACACACCUUUAGUCCCAGCAUCAGAGGCAAAUGUAGGAGGAUCUCUGUGAGUUCAAGACCAGUUUGGCCUACAGAGUGAGUUCCAAGGCUACAAGGGAGAAACGGAGUCUCCAAAAGCAAAAACAAAAACCUACAUUCUCCUAAUGUGCUCACUGAAUCUUGAGGCUGGAAUAAGAUGCUAAGGAGCCCUUCUCAGGUUAUCUGGGUGUGUUAUAUUCCAGUGGAAAGUAGAAAAUGUUCUAGUCCUAAUACUAUGCUGCUUGUAGAACUUAAUUUCAAGUUUCUCAUGAUUGAUUUUUCUAAACCCUAAACUGUUGCUAGAAUAAUGUCCUCUCUCAAAGUACCACCCAUACCUAAACAAUGCAUGGUCUCACAGCAUUUGGAGUCUAUUAGCUGCACCCUCCCUCACCACCCUCUAUUCCCCUGAAAGAAUAAGAUCAAGAAAAAUGAUUUAAAAAAAAAAAAAAAAAA